CAAUAUGGCGGCUGCCUGGACCUCUGGCCUGGCCGCCCCGGGGGCUGUGGCCGCCCAGCUCCUCGGAGUCCUAUGGGUCGUGUCAGUCACCACGGGACCUUGGGGGACUGCCGCCACCGCCGGCGGCGAGGAGACGCUUAAGUGCGAGGACCUAAAAGUGGGACAAUAUAUUUGUAAAGAUCCAAAAAUAAAUGAUGCUACACAAGAACCAGUUAACUGUACAAACUACACAGCUUAUGGAUUUGAAAAGCUGCUUUUUGAGAAAGAACCUGUGUUUAUAGAUAUUCUUGCAG